AUGGCCGCCAUGGCAGCAACCAUGCCCCCUGGUACAAAUGCAGCGCCCGCGAAUCCUUCGAAAUGCAUGAUUGUCGAACCGACGCUGCCCGCUUCCGCCGGGCGACACGUUCGGGCAAGGCAGCGCCCCGCUCGACGAUAACCCGAGACGCGCGCGACCGACGUGCGUACGCAACGCAGGCGAGCCCGAGGACGAGGCCGCCGUGAAAGCCGAGGCCAUGGCCAUCGUCGCCCAGGCCAAGAAGGACAUUAAGUUAAGGGAGGAGGCCCGCGGCGAGAUGAAGAAGGCGUCGACGAAGGACGACAUCCAGGCCCUCAUCAACAAGCGACUCGCCCAGUCCUUCGCCGACCGGCCGAAGGCGCCGGAGAAGCCGAAGGAGGCGCCUCCCGCGAAGAAGGAGGCGCCGAAGGAGGCGCCCCCGGACCCCGAGGCGACGAAAAAAGAGGCGGCCGCGAUCGUCGCCGCCGCGAACAAGGACUACAAGCAGCGGCUGGCGGACCGCGAGAAGGCGAAGACGGCGACGGCCGAGGACUUGCAGGCCAUGAUCAACGCGAAGCUCAAUAUCUCCAAAUGA